AUGCCAGCGAUCGAGACGCUUAACGCCAGCUGUUCCUUAUCCACCCCAAAUAUUGUUAUCACGGCGUCGUUGCGAUUGGGGGUCCAUGAGUUAUUUGAUUCAGGACACGAAAGCGGACUCUUGUUAGAAGCGCUCAAACAACCAAUUAAAGUGCAGAGAGUGGAGUAA